UCCAAUUUCAUUCUCAGAUAUCGCCCUAAUCCACAACACCCUAAUUCUCUCUCUCCCGGCGAACCAGGCUAAACCCUAAACCUAAUUGGAUCACCGGCGAUAGGCGAAGAUGGUGCUCGCGCAGUUAGGAGGAAGCAUCUCGCGUGCUCUUCAGCAGAUGAGCAAUGCCACCAUCAUUGACGAGAAAGUGCUCAACGAUUGUCUCAACGAGAUCACGCGUGCGCUUCUCCAAUCCGAUGUCCAGUUCAAGCUCGUUCGCGAUAUGCAGACUAAUAUCAAGAAGAUCGUCAAUCUCGAUGAUCUAGCCGCUGGCCACAAUAAACGUAAAAUCAUCCAACAGGCUGUUUUUAAUGAGCUAUGCACGAUAUUGGAUCCAGGGAAGCCUGCUUUCAUUCCAAAGAAAGGGAAGCCAAGUGUUGUAAUGUUUGUUGGUCUACAAGGAUCUGGGAAAACAACCACCUGUACAAAAUAUGCAUACUACCACCAGAAGAAAGGCUAUAAACCAGCACUUGUUUGUGCCGAUACAUUUAGAGCUGGUGCUUUUGAUCAGUUAAAGCAGAACGCCACAAAAGCUAAAAUUCCCUUUUAUGGAAGCUACACUGAGUCCGAUCCUGUAAGAAUUGCAGUAGAAGGAGUUGAGAGAUUUAAGAAGGAAAAUUGUGAUCUCAUAAUUGUUGAUACCAGUGGACGUCACAAGCAAGAAGCAGCACUUUUUGAAGAGAUGCGUCAAGUUUCUGAAGCAACGAAACCAGAUCUUGUUUUAUUUGUUAUGGAUAGCAGUAUCGGUCAAGCUGCAUUUGACCAGGCCCAAGCAUUCAAGCAAAGUGUUCCUGUUGGAGCCGUGAUUGUCACAAAGAUGGAUGGCCAUGCUAAAGGUGGUGGUGCUCUUAGCGCAGUUGCAGCUACAAAAAGUCCAGUCAUAUUUAUUGGGACGGGUGAACAUAUGGAUGAGUUCGAGAUAUUUGAUGUAAAACCUUUUGUCAGCCGUCUUUUGGGUAUGGGUGAUUGGUCUGGCUUCAUGGACAAAAUUCAAGAAGUUGUUCCGAUGGAUCAACAGCCUGAGCUUCUCCAAAAGCUCUCUGAGGGAAAUUUUACUUUGAGGAUCAUGUACGAGCAAUUUCAGAAUAUACUUAAAAUGGGCCCCAUUGGUCAGGUAUUCUCUAUGCUUCCAGGAUUUAGUCAAGAAUUGAUGCCCAAGGGUCAAGAAAAGGAAAGCCAGACAAAGAUUAAAAGAUAUAUGACAAUGAUGGACUCAAUGACUAAUGAAGAGUUGGAUAGCUCCAACCCGAAAAUCAUGAAUGAAUCCCGUAUCAUACGGAUAGCCAGAGGGUGUGGUCGUCCUAUAAGGGAUGUAAUGGAUAUGUUGGAAGAGUACAAGAGGCUUGCCAAGGUCUGGAGCAAGAUGAAGGGUCUUAAGAUCCCAAAGAAAGGAGACAUGAGUGCACUUUCGCGAAACAUGAACGCACAGCACAUGAGCAAGGUCCUUCCACCCCAGAUGCUGAAACAGAUUGGUGGCAUGGGCGGCUUACAAAGCUUGAUGAAGCAAAUGGGCUCUUCCAAGGAUAUGAUGGGUAUGUUUGGCGGCGGAGAUAAGUAGAGUCUUGUGCAGGAAGGUUGUUUUGGUUCUGACUAAAGAGACCCUCGGCCCUCAAGCUCCAAACUACAGACUGAUGCUCGGCGAAGAUGCCAUUUCUUAUAGACGAAUCACAUUUGUAAUUGUAAUUCUGUAUGAGUUACUAUCCUUUCUAUUACUAACGACUUCCUUUUUGUUUUCUUGUUUUGUUCAUAUUAGAUAUUGUUGAUUUCAUACGAAAUACCCAAAUGCAUAGUAACAUUGCCGAGUGUGAGACUAGUUAACAUGUACUUUUGUUAUGGCAUUAUUUUUCCA